AUGCCUGUGAGAGCUGCGCCCAGUCCUGUGACUGCAGAGUCCCCACCGUCACCCAGUGUAUGGACAACUGCUGUCCCUCCCAGCCGACUUGCUCUAGCUGCCGUGAUGUCUCCUGUUGCCCCUGUGGCUUUGCCUGCGUCUACCAGCCCCCUGACUGUACCAUCAUUAACUGCAUCUGCUGCGAGAUUAAACUGCGGUGACGAGGAGGGGAGCCAUCAUCAGCCUAUAAAUGCCGACCAAGGGAAGCAGCGCUGUCCUCAGACGUCAUUUUGGUUCUCUCUCUGUCCCUCCUCCCAGAAUCCUUUGCAGCCCGGAUGA